GCACACACACACACACACACGCACACACACACACAGCUGCUGAAGUUCUAGAGAAGCACACGGAAACCGUGAACCUCCAGAAGCUGCUGCUGCUGCAGUAUGACUUUACUUUUAAUUUUUGUUCUUUUUUGGACUUGUUCUGGAUCUGCUUCUGAACACAACACAAGUGUAAAAUGUAUGAUCAUUGAUCUGGAGUAUGUAAAUUGCACCUGGGGUGAGGACAGCAUUCCUCAGGAGAGCUACACCUUUAAAAGCAGUUUUCACUCAAACAGGAUUGCUUUAAAGGAAUGCUCAGCCUAUCUAAAGGUUAAUGGUGUCAACGUGGGCUGCGUGUUUUCAUACAAGGAAAAAGAGGCAGAAAGAUUUAGGACCCUUUUUACUGAGCUGUACACAGUUAACGGUGACCUGGUGAAGCAAGAUAAACACUCACUCAUCAACGAGGUGAAGCUGAAUCCUGCGUUUAACCUCACGGUGGAGAUGAAGAACCCUGAGCUGUGGCUCUACUGGAACAUCAGCAGCAGAGCCAAACCGCACUGUGUAGAGAGUGAAGUUCAGUACAGUCUCGAUGACAAAGACUGUCGGAGUCAAGGGAUAAACUCUGGACGCAAUUCCUUCAAUGUGCCGUUCCCGAACACUCGCAGUGUGUACCAGUUCCAAGUGAGGAUUCGGAUGUCUAAAAACUGCGGCUUGUCUGAGAUGUGGAGCGACUGGAGCAAGCCAGUCUGCUGGAAAUCACUUAGAAAUGACACUGACAACGAGCCCCGGUCCAGUUCAUCUGUUACUCUGAUGGUCCUGUACACGGUCGGGGCAGUGGUCAUCCUCCUUACACUGUCCUGUCUGCUCAUCCACAGUGAGAGGCUGAGGGUCAUCCUUGUCCCUGUGGUCCCGAACGCAGGAAAAAACUUUGCAGAGCUGAUUGAGAACUAUGGAGGCAAUGUGGAGAAGUGGAUCAACAUCUCUAAAGAGCUGCAGGAUGGUUUUAAACCUAAUUUUACUGAGCGCACCUGUCCGGUCCGGGAGUACCAGCAGGUUCCUCAGAGCAGCUCCUCCAGCGAGAGCUCUCUCUCUGGUCUGACCGACGUCUCCAUCGACUAUCAGCCCAUGCAUAGCUACUCCUCCGCCUCCACCGUGUCAGCCACCACCUCAACCACCCAGCCAACUCCCACCACCCCCAGCAUGCUGUAACACUGCAGCCUGCAUCACAGCGGAGGAGGAUGGGUGUUACUGAGGCCACAGGUUGACAGGAAACUCAGCAGAGGGCCCCUUCUCAGCUCAGGGUUGGCUGCUGAUAUCAGUAUAGCUCAUCUUAAAGGAAGAGUUUAUUGAACAAUAAGCAACAUGGUUAAUCAGUGAUGACGGAUUUAGUAAAACAGCCAUUCCUGUAGUUUAUAACAGGAGAUGACAGCCCUGUUGCCCUGUUUUACUAAUAUAAACACAAGUAUCUUGUGGCUUUCUGUGUCAGUAUGAACACAGGCGGGAACUAUUAUUCAUGGAGUGCUACUGUUCAUGCAAACAGCAAACGUAGUACAGAUGUGGAGGUAUUUCAUAAAAAUGAAAUUAAAUUAGUAUAUCCAGUACAUCUUGUACUGAAUUUAAGUAUGUUUAAUAGAACUGAAUCCACAGACAAAAACAACAAAACAUUAAAAAUGAAUCUAUAGUCACCAUGCUAAUGCACAUUUAACAUUCUCACGCUUUUACUUGCCACUUCAGAGCCCAACAUGUAGGACAACAGAACAGAGGGUCAAGUGCAAACCACUCAAAAGCAAGAUGAAGGGCAUGCGAUGGGUCUUAAUGAUGUAAUGUCUAGUUUUCAGGGUUUGUGCCAAUUUUCAGGAUACAAUGAAUGUAAAUAUAAAAUGUAUGUUAAUGGUCUUUUGGUGAACAGUUUGCCACUUUUCCAUAUUAAUGAAUGUAAAAUAACAAAAAAUAUGAAUCACUGAAUGCAACUUUUUAUUCUGCUGUUACAUUGCACUGUAUGUUUGAGCUUCAGUAAUGAAUAUUUUAAAGUGCUAUUACUAUUUGGAGCAAAUGAAAGAGAACUCUGUUUUUCUUAGUGUUUAUAAAUGUGAAAGUAAAUAAAACUUUAAAUAAAGUUUUUUCACCCCAUGUCCAA